ACUUCUCCUCCUCCUCCCUCUCGUCCCCCGUCCGCCCCACGGUCCGUCUCCCGCGGCGGUCCGGGGAGAUGGGGGCGGCGUGGGUUGGGGUCCCGGGGUCUCGGGCCCGCCCGGGUCUGGCGCUGUCCUUGCCCGGCGGCGGCGCCGCUGCCCUCCUCCUCCUCUUCCUCCUCCUCCUCCCCCUCCCCCUGCUGCUGCUGCUGCUCGGGCCCGUGGCGGCCGGGACGGCGGGACGGGACCGGCGCGCUGAACCCCGACCGCCCGCAGGUGGCCUGAAUGUCCUCUUCGUCGUAGUUGAUGACCUGCGCCCUACCUUAGGCAGCUAUGGGGAGAGCCUUGUGAAGUCUCCAAAUAUCGAUCAGCUCGCAACACACAGUAUUGUGUUUCAAAAUGCCUUUGCCCAACAAGCUGUGUGUGCCCCAAGUAGAGUGUCUUUUUUAACUGGACGGAGACCUGAUACCACUCGACUAUAUGACUUCAAUUCCUACUGGAGAGCGCAUGCCGGAAACUAUUCCACAAUUCCUCAGUAUUUCAAGCAGCACGGCUAUGUGACCAUGUCGGUUGGAAAGGUGUUUCAUCCCGGAAUUUCUUCUAAUCAUAGUGAUGAUUCUCCAUAUAGCUGGUCAAUUCCACCUUUUCAUCCUUCCACGGAAAAGUAUGAGAACACGAAGACAUGUAGAGGGGAAGAUGGAAAGCUUCAUGCCAACUUGAUCUGCCCCGUGGAUGUAGCGGAUGUGCCCGAGGGAACAUUGCCUGAUAAACAGAGCACGGAGGAAGCUGUGCGACUGCUGGAAAGGAUGAGAAAACAGAACAGUACUUUCUUUCUAGCUGUCGGUUAUCACAAGCCACAUAUCCCAUUCAGGUACCCCAAGGAAUUUCAGAAGUUGUAUCCUUUGGAAAACAUUACAUUGGCACCAGAUCCUCAGAUCCCUACUGAACUUCCUCCUGUGGCAUACAAUCCCUGGAUGGAUAUCCGACAGAGGGAGGAUGUCCAAGCUUUAAACAUCAGCGUGCCAUAUGGUCCGAUUCCUGUGGACUUUCAGCGGAAAAUUCGUCAGAGCUAUUUUGCGUCAGUUUCCUACUUGGAUACCCAGGUCGGGCUCCUCUUGAAAGCUUUGGAUGAUCUUGACCUGUCUAAUAACACAGUUGUCGUAUUUACAUCGGACCAUGGAUGGUCCCUGGGUGAACAUGGAGAAUGGGCCAAAUACAGCAAUUUUGAUGUAGCUACUCGGGUUCCCUUGAUGUUCUAUGUUCCUGGGAAGACUGCUCCAUUUGUUCAUCCAGGGGAGAAACGUUUUCCGUACAUCAGCCCCUUUGACUCGCUCUCAAAGGUGUUUUCUCCAGGAGUACAAGCUACAGAACUAGUUGAACUCCUGUGUCUCUUUUCAACUCUCUCUGAACUUGCUGGCCUGAAAGUACCACCUGUCUGCCCUAGCUCUUCAUUUCACAUUGACCUCUGCACAGAAGCGCCGAGCAUUGUUAAAUUUUUUAAUUUCUCCAAAAGGGAGGAAGAUGGCUACUCUGAAGGGAGCCCUUUGGACCUGGUAGCCUACAGCCAGUAUCCCAGACCUGCAGUCUUCCCUCAGUGGAAUUCUGACAAGCCAGACUUAAAGGACAUAAAGAUUAUGGGCUAUUCUAUCCGAACAGUAGACUACAGGUAUACUGUAUGGGUGAAAUUUCAUCCUGAAAAUUUCACUGCUGACUUUACCAAUGUUCAGGCAGGUGAGUUGUAUUUUGUAGGCAGUGAUCCAUUACAGGAUCAUAAUGUAUAUAACCGUUUCCUGAAUGAUCUAAAGCUUUCUUCAAUAUUGAAUCCCUAAUUUUUUUUUCUGUAUGAGGCCUGUGCAUAUAACAUUUUUCUGCUACCUACCUCUGUGGCUGUUGUGAAAAUGGGUGAGGUUAAGUUCCUUCAAUCUUUAAGUAGAAAAGUCCCUAGAGGUCCAAAUUCAUCUUUCUCUAAUUUUUAUAUCAGAAAAACGUUUUGUACUACAAAUCUAUACUACUGCGUGCAGUAGGGAAAGCACUUCAUAUACAGGGAGAAUUGGUUUUUAUAUAAAAAUCAAGAAUUCUUCCAUUUUUCUGUGGUUAGGAUAAGUUUCAAAAGAAAUUGUAUUUACUGAGCUCCUUAGUAGGAAGGUGGCAUUGUAUUCUGCAUUACACGUGGCUAUAGAGGGGUUUGUAACUAUAAAUGUAUUAUGUAACUUUUAGAUUUUUUGAAAUAAAUGGGGAAAUCAAA